CACAAAGGGGGGCCUGAGAUCAUUUCACUGGAAGAACACAAGGUCUGGCCAGGCAUCUUCUUUCUCCAAACCCUCCAAAUUGCAAUUACUGAUAACCUGCAGCUGAUAAAUCAGCAGUGUCAGUCUCUCAGAUUAAAGAAUUAAGGAUUUCCCUGUGUUCAGUGGGGAAAGAGGAGUAUUCAGGAUGAAAUCCCUGAAAGAGCAGGAGGCCUCUGCUUUAACUGCAUCAGUACAAGGGUUCCAUACAGAACCCCAAAUAUUUUCUGUUCUGCAAUGGCAAAUAUCCCCCCUCUGCUCCUGUCCCACAGUCAGAGCCUGAUUCCACUAAAUUCAGAGGCAGAACAAAAGGUCCCAGAAUUUAAAUCUGGGGUUUGAUUGCUCCUCUAGGCUCAGCAAAACCCUCUGGAUGUCCCACUUGUUGCUGCUCCAGGGGAAGGUCCAAGCCGCCUGUGUGAUCCUCACUCCUCAGUGUCAAGGUUCUCCUGCUUCUCCAGGCGGAGUUCUCUGCUGAUUUCCCCCUGAUUUUUCCAGGGAUCCGCAGAACCGCUCUGCUUUUUAAGAACGACGAAAAAAGCAAUGAACCAAACCCCGGCUGCUUUCCAGCAUCUCCUCGCUGGGGCUGCAGGAACCUCGCGGUGCUGUGCUGCCACCAAGCUGCCACCGUGCCCGCAGCCCGAGCCACAGCGGCGACACGGCGACACCAAAACCCGGAGGGCUUUCAGAGCCCUUCCACGGGGAGCAGCGCCUGGAGGCAGCAGGAGAGCUGCAGCAUCAAUGAAACACCCCGUGGCUUCUGCGGGGUGAGGAAAGGGCAGCACACGCGGCGGAGCAGCCGCUCCGCACUGCCCUGACCCGGGAACGGCAGCAGAACGAGCCUGCCUGGGGUGGGAUACACGCGAAAUACACUGUAUUUUAUACGUAUAGAAUACAUAGAAUCACAGAAUGUUUGGGUUAGAAGGGACCUUAAGGAGCAUCUAUUCCCAGCCUCUCUGACGUGCAGGGACACCUCUCCCUAUCCCAGAGGCUUUAUCCAGCCUGGCUUUGAACGCUGCCAGGGUUAGGGCAUCCAUAUCCUCCCCGGGCAACGCGUGCCAGGUGUCCCCGCAGCCUCCCGGUAAAGGGACACAGGUGUAACACACAUACGCGGCUGUGUUCCACGCACAGGUAGGGAAUACAGGUGUAAAUCCAAUUAAUUCCGCCGCCGCAGCGACGCGUCUCAGAGCAUGAGAGCUCUGAGAGAUGAGAGAUGGAGUAGCGCUGGCACGGGCCAUCCCGGGAGUCCUGAAACGCCACGGCUAUGCCCCGCACCAGCAGGCAGUGCCAGCACCGCCGGGACACUGCGGGACACCCGGCGGCGACACCGGCGGCGACACCGGCACCGGGAGGGCGUGUCCGGGGCGUGGUUUAUGGGCGUGGUCUGUGGUAGCGAUAUGGGCGUGGCCUCCCGUUGGCUCCGCCCCGUGUGGGCGGGCGCGGCGGCUCUCGCGCGCUCUCGCGAUACCCGUUCGAACGGGCGGCGGGCGGGCUCGCUGGGAGGCCCGGCCCGCCCGGCCCCGCCAUGCCGCUGCAGCCGCGGCUGCUCCGCACGUACUCGCGGCGCCCCGGCUACCUGCGCCCGCUGCCGCCGCCCGACACAUGGAUCUCGCCGCCGCAGGACCGCAAGCGCCUCUUCAGCUCCACCUCCGCCGCCUCCAGCGCCGUCUCCAGCGCCCUCUCCGCUUCCAGCGCCCCCUCCAGCCCGUCGGACGACCCCGACUUCUCGCCGCCUCACAAGCGCCUCCCGCAGGCCUCGGGUAGGCGCCCCGCCUGGGCCAGGCGGCUGCGGACCCGCAGGAAGGAGAAUCGGGGGCCGGCCGGGAAGGAGAACCGCGAACCGGCCGGGAACGACACCGGGGAACAGGAGACCGGGGCCCGGGGAAAGGAGAACCGGGAAUCGGCCGGGAAGGACACCGGGGGGCAGGAGACCGGGGCCCGGGGAAAGGAGAACCGGGAACCGGCCGGGAACGACACCCGGGGGCAGGAGACCCGGCCCCGGGGGAAGGAGAACCGGGAACCGGCGGGGAAGAAGAAGAAGAAAUGGAGCCAGGGCAAAGAGCCCCGCGGCCGCAGAGAGGAGCCCCGGGAGUCGCCGUCGCUGUCCUCGCCCUCGCCGUGCCCGUCCCCGCCGCGCGGUUCGCGGCGCCGCCGGCAGGGCCCGCUGUGCGCGGCGCGACGGCCGCUGCUGUGCAGCACCCCGCAAUGGGCGCCGCCGCCCCGCCGCGCCCGCGGGCCGCCGCUGCUGCUCAGCUCCACCGCCGACAGCGGCUCGGCGCUCGGGGACAGCCCCCCGCCCCGCCGCCGCCGCCGCCGCGGCCCGCCCGUGGUCCUCAGCUCGUUCCUGCUCAGCACCACCAUCGAGGGCGGCUCGGAGCUGGGCGACUCCCGCCCGCCGCACCGGCUGCCCCACGGCUCGCCCGAGGGCUGCUCCGGGCAGCGGCCGUCGCUGCUGGGCGCUGUCGAGGAGGUGCCUGAGUGGUUCCGACCCAAAGGCUGGGCUCGGAGCUGCGAGCCCGAGCCGGGGCUGCGGGGGUCCGGCCGUGUGCUGAGGUCGGCGAUGCGGGAACCCGGCCCCGCACAAGGUCCCCCAUCCCCUCAGAAAGCCCCAAGCACUCUGCAGGAAGCGCUGCCGCCCCUUGAGGGUGAGCCACAGCCCCCUGCGCCCUGUGACAGUGGCACUGGUGAGGAACCCUGUGAGGUUCUGUCUCAUCACACGAGAGAUUCGGCAAAAAGAAGCUCGAGCUGUCUCAGUGAUCUAGACAAGAAGUAUCAGCUUGUGCCAGUGGUGGUCCUGGAUGCUCUGGAAGUGCCAAGGAGGUUGAAGAGCAUGAAGCUCAACAAUCAAGCUGAUGCUCAACCUGCCUGCCUGCAGCCAGGAUCUCCCCUGGGCCGCCAGGGAAUCUUGGAGAACAAACACAAAAGGACCAAGGGUGCCCCUGGGGAGGGCAGCACCUGCAGGAAAGCUUGUAUCAGUGGCUUCAGUGCCAGCCGCUGGGGCAGGCACACCAGGCUCCGGCCAAAACGGCACAAGAACAAGAGACGGCAGCAGCCCAAUACUUCCUUUUUCAGACUCCAGACAAGGCAAAAACGAACUCGGAAGGGACCUUUGGAGAUGUCUGCAGGUGUCAGAGACAAUGACUUUUCCCUCCUCAAUGGCUCUUAUUCCUGGGCUAGAGUUCGAGCGUCCCUGUCCUUCCAUAAAAAGAAGAAGGUGACCACAGAUGAGAGUUUCUGCAGCAGCAUCCUCUGCACCCCUUCAGGGAAAUCCCAGCUUUCGGGGUACCAAGCCAGCCUGUCUGCUGGUAAAGCUCAGGGCUGCUCCUGGGCUGCCUCCUCCAUGGUUCUGCUGGCUCCCAGGGAUUCCUCCUCUGUGCUGGAGCUGCUCCUUACAGAUGCAGAGAAAGUUUUUGGGGAGUGCAACCAGGAGGGGCCUAUUGCUUUUGAGGAAUGCAUUCCUUUGGAUAAGAUGAAAGAUUGCAAGAAAAUUGGAGAAGGGGUGUUUGGAGAGGUGUUCCAGAUUGACAGCGAGAGAGGACCUGUGGCCUUGAAAAUAAUUCCCAUUGAAGGGACUGAAAAAAUAAAUGGUGAAGCUCAGAAGAGCUUUGGGGAGAUUCUGCCUGAGGUAAUCAUUUCCAAAGAGCUCAGUCUUCUGUCUGAGGGCUCUGUGAACAGAACUAUGGGCUUCAUCAGCCUGUACUCUGUGCACUGUGUCCAGGGGGCCUAUCCCAGUUAUCUCCUGAAAGCCUGGGACAAAUUCCACAAAGAAACAGGCUCGGAGAACGACCGGCCGGACUUUUUUGGGUCGCAGCAGCUCUUCAUGGUGCUGGAGUUUGAGUUUGGAGGCAGGGACCUGGAGCACAUGAGGAGCAGCCUGGGCUCGGUGGCAUCAGCCAGGAGCGUCCUGCACCAGGUCACCGCGUCCCUGGCGGUGGCGGAGCAGGAGCUGCACUUCGAGCACAGGGACCUGCACUGGGGGAAUGUGCUGGUCAAAAGCACCCUCGUGAAGGAGCUCCAGUACGUGCUGGAUGGGGAAACACACUCCAUCCCCACCGCUGGCAUCCACGUCAACAUCAUCGACUACACCCUGUCCCGCCUGGAGAAGGACGGGCUGACCGUGUUCUGUGACCUCUCCACGGACGAGGAGCUCUUCCAAGGCACUGGGGACUACCAGUUUGACAUCUACAGGCAGAUGAAAGAGGAGAACUCCAACAGCUGGACUGACUAUCACCCACACAGCAACGUCCUCUGGCUGCACUACCUGGCUGAUAAACUUUUGAAAGCCAUGUGCUACAAGAGGAAGGCGUCGGCAGCAGCUCCCGCCCUGAAGAAAAUCAAGACUCAGCUCAGCAAGUUCCACAAGGAAGUGCUGAGCUUUGGGUCUGCCCGGGAUGUUCUGCAGCACAGCAGCCUCUUCCAGUGAGGACUGAGCCACUGGUGCUGCCUUUCUCCUCUGCUUUUUGUACGUGUUGGCACAAUGAAGUGUUCUGAUUGGUUCCCAAUGUGUUUAAUACAUUAUCAAAAAUGUCCAACAGAAAUCCCCCCAAUGUCUUCUGCUCUGUUCUCAUAACUCCUGGUUUUGAGGGGUGUUGGAGGUGAGAAAACAGAGCUGACUUUGGAGAAAGGAGGGGAAAAGACUUCUUCAGGCUCAGUUAAUGCUCUUAAUUUCACAUAAAUUUUCUUACCGUUUUAGCCUUGGAUUAUUAAAAGUUCUUUUCUUACUGUAUUGUCUUUUUUACAGAUUCUUUUUUCAAAGGUAAAAACUCAUCAGUUCUGGACAGUGAGGACAAGGGUUAAGUAUUGUUGGCUCACUGGAGACAGAGGGGAAAACCCAUCCUUUGAUUUUAAUUUUGGCAAAAUUUAUACCUUGAAUGAAGGUACAAAAUGUAAAUAUGUAAAGUUUCUGUAAAGGGUUUUAAACCCACUAAUCUGGGUUCUUUUCCCCCCUCUCUUAAGGACCAAGGAAGAGGUACCUGAUUGUGAAAAAAAUGAGACAAAGUUCCUGUAUUCCUGAUUUUUAUGGUUAUCAUGUUGUGGUCCUGUACACUGAUAGGAACUCAAAUCUGUAACCUGGUGGUGGCACUGAAGCAAUUUCUUCAUUUAUCUACAGAAGAAAAUGCCCAAGGCAAUAAAUGUUCUUUAGCAAUGGA